AUGGAUGGCAGUAUCAACAUUCUUGAAAUGGUCAGGAAUCUAUCAAACCUAGUUACACUAAGUCUUUACAUGCCUCCAUUACCAUAUAUUCCCGAUGAUUUCCCAUUCACUCUAACUAAACUAGAUACUUUAGUAUUGCCAGCUCAAAUUUUUCCAAAGAAUUUAAAUUCUAUAUAUUAUACAAAUUUACACAUAUUAAUAAUGGAUAAUUAUAAAGAGAGUUUUCCAGAUGGAAUAGGAGAAGAUCUAAAUCUUAUAUUUUUUUCGACUCGUUCCUACUCUGGGAGAUUUUAUGAUCGUUUACCAGACUCCUUGUGUAAUAGUCCUUCAUUGCUUCUAGAACCUUUGCCAGCCUGGGUAGAUGAUAUGAAUUAUAUGGCCCAAUGUUUUAGUUGCUAUCGUGGCCAGUUUGCUACUUUAUGGUUCCCACCCCAAACUUUUGGGGGAUACGAUGAUCCUUGUGAUUCAAAGGUAACAUCACUUUAUUAUAGGAACCAGAGUAAUCUGAUUGAUAUUAUUGGAAAUAAUCUAUUAUUUGGUUAUGGUGGAGAGACUGUUAAUGGAAAGACGAGAUUCAAGAUACCCAACAAAAUUGUAGAAUACAAUAAAACCAAUAUUUGGUCGAUCGAGGAUCAAGUGAUAUUGGGUGUGAGUAAUAAGUACACCGUCUCUAUUCCAGUAACAUUUACUCGAAUCAAUCUUGGUAGUUUAAUAUCCAUCAAUCAACAACCAUUUGGUAUCAACCUCACAGUACAACUCAACUAUAAUAGAAAUAUUGAUCACACUGUCUCUUUAAAUGGUGUGGUUUGCAAGAAAAGUGAUACUAUUUAUAUCAAUGAUAAAUUGACUUGUUCUUUUCGACUUGCCAUUACAUCAUUAUCAACUAAUUUAAUUUUAACUAUUUUAAAUGUUAGAAAUAGUGAAAUGUAUCAUUACAAUUUUAAAAGACAAUUCCCUAUCCUUUAUAAUAAUUAUACAAUAAUUAUUAAUCAAAAUGAUGAUGAUUUAAAAUUAAUAGAUUAUAAAUUGGAAUUGAUUGGUGAAUUUGGAAUGAUUAAUCCAAAAACAGUAACAACAACAAUGUCAUUGGUAAUGAUUAAUGCAACUAAUUGUAUCAUUUCCUAUAUCAACUCAACUUACUUGGAAUGUACUGUUCCAUUGGAUACAAAUAAUUUUAGAGGUAUAGAUGAGGAAUACCUUGAUAUUUAUAUAUCGAUUGAUGGUCAUUCAUUGACAUCUUAUGAUUCCAUUUAUGUAAAAUACAAUCAUAGUACAUCUGGAUCUUCAUCCUCCUCCUCCUCAUCUUCCUCUUCAUCCUUUUCAUCCACUUCAAAUGAUAUUGGUAAUGGCGAUUAUCAAUCAAACAUUAAAUAUUAUAUUAUUGCUGGUGUUUUGGGUGGCGCAUUACUAACAGUCGCUCCUGCUUUAUUACUCUUGCAUUUCAAGAAAAAACAACGGAUCAAAUCUCGUGUCCAAUUCAAUACACAACUUGGAUUAAAGAAAAUAUAA